AAUGUCUGGAGUGUUAUAACAUUGCAUUUACCGACAGUGCGUGAACAGACGUUGUCAACUGCAGGCAGACGAGAGUCGCUUUACUGUAGGCUUCGUUCAGUCAGUAAACAUGGGUGAGCAAAAACGUGACGACAACUACUACCACGACCUAGCCAAACAAACAGUAGCAACAUGUCGAGGAUAUUACAACGAUGACAGUGGAUGGGAGGUAGCAAAGAAAACGAAAGACAUCCUAAUUGAAUACAAGAAUUCUGUGGAGUUCAGUGGCCAUCUAUAUCGUGGUCAGAGCGAGUUCAACUGCCCACCAGAUGUGGUUUUUCAGUAUGUCGACCCAUUGCCAGGCAACUCGCUGCGUAUGAAGUGGGACAAGGCCAUGAAGAAGAUAGAGACAAUCAGGGAAAUUUCUGAAGAUCUGAGAAUCAACAGAACAUGUACUGACAGUGCCUGCAUGGGUUUAAUAUCUCCACGGGACUUCCUGGAUUGCAUUCUAACAAUACGAGAAGACACCUUCAUAUCUACCAAUGGUGUAAGCGUCUCCUGUGAUGACGAGUGCCCGCUCCAGGACAAGUAUGUCCGAGGAUGGAACUACUCCUGUGGCAUGCUGUGCCAGAAGUUUCCAGAUAAACCAAAUCAUACGAAGCUGGUGACCUUGAUACAGCCGGAUAUAAAAGGGAUGUGCCCGAAGAAGCUAGUGGACUCUGCCAUCCCUGGUUCCAUGGUCGACUUUUUCACUAACCUCCGAGCUUGUCUGAAGGAAGAUGGGAAGUUGGUGGGAUGAGUGUCAGUUCUCUGGGGCACUGAAGACUUAUGUCAGAUACACCAGCAAGGGAAACUAUGUUGAUCUACAUGCAUUUUAUCGUCAUACUUUCAGAACAAUGUUAGUGCGAAUCAAGUGUUUUGUUAUUUUAACAAAUUCGUGGGAAAUUAUUUUUUCAAUUAUUGUUCAAUGUAGGUACAAGUUUGUGUUGAAGAGCAUCUUGGUGUGUCUUUGUUGGUUUAGAUAUGUGGAAGUCAUUAUGUUGAGGUUUAUCUUACACAUUUAAACUGAGUUUGUUCAAGAUUAAUUGAUUAAAUGUGUAGUCUUGUAGUUGUACAGUGUGUCACUGAGACAAGUUAGUCAAAAUGUCUUAACAUACAGUGUUACAAUGAAACUUUGUUAGACCAGAACCUGUUAGUCUGGAGUCACAGUAACUACAUUUAAUAUACAGGAUUCUUUUAUCUUGAAAUUGAUUAAUGUUGACAAGUUCACUUGUAAGUUCUGUCCUGAUUCACAAGGUGUCACUGUACAAAGAGGUACUUUAUGUGCCACUGAAGGCUUUUGCCAUUGGUAUUUAAGAAAAGACAGACAUUGUGUAACGUUUUUAUAGGUAACAUUUUACAUGUUUACUCAAGAAAUUGUCAUUAUAGAGUUACCUCCCUUUUAUAGAAGGCUUACAUUUGUUCUGAUGCCAAAUGAUCGCCAAAACAAAGUGGACCAGAAACAUCUGGAUAACAACAGACUCUUUCUGUGAUGUCUUUAAACGUUAAUUCCAGCUUCUGGAAUUCAAGAAGUCGUAUAAACAUGAGCUGAACCAAAUGACUGUUUAGAUAAUCAGUAAACCUGAUAAUCACCUCAUGAAAGUCACAAUUUUCAGUCAUUUUGCCAAGUUUUCAUGAUGAGAAAGUUUAUGUUUGCAAUGACUAUCUUACAUUUACUUUGAGUGCUAUGAGACACAUGAAUAUAUCGUCUAUCUGGCAUAUUCUUCUGAACAUCCCCAUGUAAACUGUGCUACACAUGAACCCCAUAUAUACAAUUUAUCAUCAUGCGUAUUAAGAAAUAUAAAGUUUGGAGAAAUAAUGUUUGUUGAAAUAUUGUAAUAACAAUUUUUCAAGCAUCUACUUUUUUCAAAAACAUUGUUAAUAUACACUGAUGAUAGAUUAUAUAUGUUAAAUGAGGGUUGAAAAAACUAGUCCAUUUCUUAUCUGUCCAAUCUGUGCUGUUUUUAUGUAUCCAUGUAUAUCUUAAUGUUGUGUUCUGAACAUUGGUUACUUAUCAAUCUCAAUAAAAUCAGAUUUUAGUUCUCGCUACCACUCAACAAAGAUCUUUGGACACACUAUUAAGUGUCACGUCAGACUGACCUUGCGGGAACUUUGACCAACGAAUGGAAUGACUGACAGGAAGUCGACAUUAGCCAAUCGUAAAGCAGCUUUCUCGUGCUUUACGGCACUAAUGUCUAAUUGGCAACUAUGCUUCGAAACAUAUUUUGACAAAUUGUUGAUUAAAAAAUUGAAACCUGAACAAAAGAACAUUCUGGGAUGGCUAAUAGAAGGUCUAGCUUGUAUGGAUUCAGUCGUAAAGCCCGUAACUAUCGUUCGGAAUACCCCGUGUUAAAGUUUACGAGGCUGCAUGAUGAGAAAUCACAUUCCGACUGUCACUUUCAUGAUCUGGUAAGCGACGCUCUGAUUGGUCAGAUGAAAGGUCGUUCUGACGUGACCCCUAAUGGGAUGUCCUCAGAUCUUUGUUUAGCGGUAGAUCUGAUUUUAAUGAGAUUGGUUACUUAUAGGAGUUGAUUUCUCUGGAUAUCUACAAAUCGAUUAAUUACCAUUCUGAAAAUAUGCUGGAGCUUGAAAAUAAACAUAACAGCCAUCA